AUGGGGAAGAAGAAACGUGCGUGUAAGAAAAAUGUUCCGCCACCGUCAAAGGCCAACAAACUGCCGUCACAGUCCAAGCAAAGGAAGAAAAAGGAGCAGGAGGCGGUAAAGUCCAAGACGGAGAAGAAAGUCAGGCAUGCAAACAAGAACGAAGAAGGAGGAACCUCCGUUCGUGAUGAGGAGUUUAACGAUAAGUUCAGUGCUGUAAUCCAAUAUGGUGGGGAGUUUGUGUUUCUGAACGACGGUCGUACGAUUUAUAGAGGUGGUAUGUCGUCGUUAGUUUCGGGACUCCGUUUAGAAGAGUUUACCUUGGAUAGUAUACAUAGGUUGGUGAUGGGUUGGGGUUACCGUGAAGGGACAUAUAGAAUCUGGACUCUAAUUCGUGAAAUAUGUGAAGAUUAUUUUCAGAUUAGAAAGGAUGAUGAUUGUUAUGACUUUGCUGCAUAUAAUUGUGUGAAUCGAAUUGACGGGGAACUUUUUAUAGAGCAUGAUGUUGUAGAUAUUGGAGCAACCGUAAGAAUUCCUAGGUGUGUUAAUGAGGUUGGUGAGAUGGAAGGAAGUGAUGAAGACGAGGUUGAGGGGCUAGGUGAUAGUGAAGAUGAGAGGGCCACUGCGCUUGUUGAUGGUUUUGAGGGGAUAGAUAUAAGUUUACCACAGAAAGAGGUCCCAAAAGUUGCUGAAUAUGUUAGUGUUAGUAAAGAGAAACCUUGCGAGGAAGAUGAAUAUGUUAGUGAUGAGUUGGAAAGUUCUGAUCCUGAUUUGUCUGAUAGUGAGAAAGCUAAAGUCCAAAAGUUUGAAAAGUUCAAAAAGGAGCAUUUAAAUAAGGAUUUUAAAUUUCAGUGGGGUAUGGAAUUCAACUCCCUAGAUGAAUUUAGGUAUGCCAUACGUGAAUGGUCUGUAUUAAAUGGGAGACAAAUUACUUUUGUCAAAAAUGAAAGCGAUAGGGUUAGGGUGGUGUGCAGGGCCACUUGUGGGUUUUUAAUGCUAUGCUCCAAAGUGGGCCACAAGAGGACAUUUGCUAUAAAAACCAUUGUAGACAAACACACUUGUGCUAGGGUUUUAGACAAUAAAUCUGCAAAUUCAAGGUGGGUGGCUAAGAUUGUUUUGAAGAAGAUGCAGACCUCACAAGAUGUCAGAAUCACUGAUAUUAUACAAGAUCUGAGGCAAAAUUACUCUGUAGGUAUAACUGUUUGUAGGGCUUGGAAAGCAAAAAUCAUAGCCAAGAAGAUGUUGGAGGGAGAUGCAGAUAGGCAAUAUGCAAUAUUGAGGAGGUAUGCUGCAGAGUUAUUAAGGGCCAGCCCUGGAAACACUUUGGCUAUAACUGUUGAAAGGCCUAAUCCAACAAUCCCACCAAGAUUUGGUUGCUUCUAUUUCUGCUUUGAGGGAUGCAAAAAGGGUUUCAUUAAUGGAUGUAGGCCCUUUGUGGGAGUGGAUGGCUGCCAUCUUAAAACAAAGUAUGGUGGUCAGUUGCUAAUUGCUGUAGGGAGGGACCCUAAUGAUCAAUAUUUUCCACUUGCUUUUGGGGUUGUGGAGACAGAAACAAAAGAAAGCUGGAAGUGGUUCUUGGAGCUGUUGAUGAAUGAUGUGGGCCAGAGCAACAAAUAUGUGUUCAUAUCAGACCAACAAAAGGGUCUUGUUGCAGUCUUUGAAGAGAUGUUUGAAAGAAUUGAGCACAGGGUUUGUUUAAGGCAUCUAUAUGCCAAUUUCAAGAAAAAAUUUGGAGGGGGUGCACUCAUUAGAGAUCUAAUGAUGGAGGCUGCAAAAGCCACUUACUACCGAGGCUGA